UCUGCUCCCUGGGGGGCCUGGAGGUGCUGCUGGAGCUCCUGGGAUUUCUGCUCCCUGGGGGGCCUGGAGGUGCUCCUGGAUCUCCUGGGGCACCGCUGGCCCCCCCUGCGGGCGGGGGCCGCUCGGCUGCUGGGGGUCUGCGCCCAGAACCUUCCGGAAGCGCAGGGCCGGGCGCUGGCGCUGGGGGCGCUGCCGGCGCUGCUGGGGGCGCUGCGGGGGGACCCCGACCCCCGCGUGCCCCCCGCCGCCCUCUUCGCCGUCUCCUGCCUGGUGCGGGCCCAGCCGCAGGGCCUGGAGCAGCUCGAGGCCCUGGGGGGUCUCGAGGUGCUCGGGGGGGCCCUGCAGAGCCCCCACCCCCCCCUGCGGGCCCGCGCCGCCUUCCUGCUGCACUGCCUGCUCAGGGAGCACCCCCGGCUCACAGAGCCACUCGUGCAGCAGGGCCUGGUGGCGCGGGCGGCGGCGCUGCUGCGCUCCGAGCACGACGGGGCCCACGAGCACGGCCUGGGGACCCUCUGCAGCCUGGCGUCGGGC